AUGUCUAAAACUAGAAGCAUAGCGCCAUUGAACACUUAUCCAACUUUUCAUAGUCCCAGAAACAAGUCAAACUUUGCAAAAUCUCCCAAUUGUUUCAUCUUCUUCAGACAAUCUGGGACAACAUGUCUGCCACCUCCAAAUUUUGACCUUUCUUUCUGUAGCAGUGUUUGUGUCUCUGCAACUUUGUCCAAGGCCACCUACAAAGUGGCCUUGGAUAAAAAUGCAAAAAUUCUCAAAUUCUGCCAAACGGGUGAUCUCAAAAACGCCAUGGAAUUGCUCAAAAUGUCAGAAAUGUCUGAACUUGAGCUGCAUACUUACUGUUCUGUGUUGCAGCUCUGUGCCGAGCUUAAGUGUUUGGAAGAAGGAAAGAUGGUUCACUCCAUUAUCACCUCCAAUGGCAUGGAAAUUGAUGAGUUUGUUGGGGUAAAGCUAGUCUUCAUGUAUGUGCAUUGUGGUGAUUUGGAUAAAGGGAGACAAAUAUUAGAUGGGUUUCUCGGUGAUAAGAUUUAUCUCUGGAAUCUUUUGAUGUCUAAAUAUGCAAAGAUUGGUAAAUACGAGGAAGCUGUUAGUCUUAUUGAGAAAAUGCAGAAGUUGGGAAUAAGAGGGGAUCCUUUUACUUUUACUAGUAUGUUGAAGUGUUACACUGCAUUGGCAAAGCUGAGGGAGUGUAAAAGCGUUCACGGUUAUGCUUUUAAACUAGGUUUUGGUUCUUAUAAUGCUGUUGUUAACUCUCUAAUAGCAGCUUAUUUUAAAAGUCGUGAAGUUGAGAGUGCACAUAAUAUGUUUGAUGAAUUGAGUGAGCCAGAUGUUGUUUCCUGGAGUUCCAUGAUUAAUGGUUAUGUUAUGAAUGGGUUUUCCAGGAAAGGACUUGAGUUUUUAAUUCAGAUGCUGAAUUUGGGGGUUGAGAUAGAAUUGCCCACCUUGGUUAGCGUUCUUAUGGCUUGUGCAAAAGUUGGCAACCUUUCAUUGGGUAGAGCUCUUCAUGCUUACGGAGUGAAAACUGGUUUUAGCGGGGAUGUCAUGUUUGACAACACCUUACUAGACAUGUAUUCUAAAUGUGGUUAUUUGAAAGGUGCAACUGAUGUUUUUGUAAAGAUGGGUGAAACUAAUAUUGUUUCUUGGACUUCAAUCAUAGCUGCUUAUAUACGGAAAGGUCUGUAUGAUGAGGCCAUUGAAUUAUUUGGUGAAAUGCAAAGCAAAGGUCUUAAGCCAGAUGCUUAUACACUCUCAAGUGUUCUUCAUGCUUGUGCUUAUAGCAACUCGUUGGAUAAAGGAAGGGAUAUACAUAAUUUCAUUAAAAAGAAUUACAUGGAAUUGCAUUUACCUGUUUCUAAUGCUCUCAUGAACAUGUAUGCAAAAUGUGGAAUCAUGGAAGAAGCUCAUUUAAUUUUCUCUCAAAUUCCUGUCAAAGACACUGUCUCAUGGAACACAAUCAUUGGAGGUUAUUCGCAAAACUCACUUCCCUAUGAAGCUCUAGAACUGUUUCUGGACAUGCAAAAGCAAUUGAAGCCUAAUGACAUUACAAUGGCUUGUGUCCUUCCAGCUUGUGCAGGCUUAGCAGCUCUUGAGAAAGGUAGAGAGAUACAUGGACACAUAUUGAGAAAAGGGUACUUUUCAGAGUUGCAUGUUUCCUGUGCACUUGUUGAUAUGUAUGUGAAGUGUGGGUUAGUAGUUCUUGCACAGCAACUGUUUGAUAUGAUUCCUAAAAAGGAUAUCAUCUUGUGGACCGUUAUGAUUGCUGGAUAUGGCAGGCAUGGGUUUGGAAAGGAGGCAGUUUCCACAUUUGAAAAGAUGAGGAUUGCAGGUAUUCAGCCUGAAGAGACCUGCUUCUCUUCAAUACUUUAUGCUUGCAGUCACUCUGGAUUAGUGAAAGAGGGAUGGAAAUUCUUUGAUUCCAUGAGAAGUGAAUGCAACAUUGAGCCUAAGUUAGAACACUAUGCAUGUAUGGUGGAUCUCCUUGUUCGCUCAGGAAAUCUAUCCAACGCAUACAACUUCAUUGAAACUAUGCCAAUUAAACCAGAUGCUGCAAUUUGGGGUGCCUUGCUUUCUGGAUGUGGGGUCCAUCAUGAUGUGGAGCUAGCAGAAAAAGUGGCAGAGCAUAUUUUUGAGCUUGAGCCAGAGAACACAAGGUAUUAUGUUCUUCUAGCGAAUGUCUAUGCAGAUGCAGAAAAGUGGGUAGAAGUAAAAAAGUUACAAAGAAAGAUUGGUAAGGGGGGAUUUAAAAAGGAUCAAGGUUGUAGUUGGAUUGAGAUUCAAGGAAAGUUUAAUAUCUUUGCUGCUGGGGAUACUUCCCACCCUCAGGCCAAAAGGAUAGACUCAUUGCUGAGAGAUCUGAGAAUGAAAAUGGACAGGGGAGGCUACACUAAUAAGAUGAGGUAUGCGUUAAUUAAUCCAGAUGAUAUGAAUAAGGAAGUGCUUCUAUGUGGACACAGCGAGAAAUUGGCCAUGGCUUUUGGUAUAUUAAAUUUGCCUCCAGGGAAGACUGUUAGGGUGACCAAGAAUCUAAGAGUAUGUGCGGACUGUCAUGAUAUGGGGAAGUUCAUGUCCAAAACCACUGGGAGGGAUAUUGUGUUGCGAGAUUCAAACCGGUUUCACCAUUUCAAGGAUGGUGUAUGUUCUUGCAGAGGUUUCUGGUAA